GGUGCACCGUGACGAUACCGCUGCUGUCGCUGCUAGUUCUUGGUCUGCUCGUCUGGGGGAUGGAUCGUACCGCGAUCGCACAACAGCUGCCGGAACUGGACUGCACGAAUCCGGACAACACGGGCAUCUUUCUGCCACAUCCCGAGUCGUGCCAGAAGUAUCUACUCUGCUGGCAGGGUGGACUGAUCGAGGGAAGUUGCCCACUCGGGCUGUACUUCGAUCUAGAGAGGCAAGUGUGCGAGUCCGAGGCACGGGUGCGCUGCGCACAGGAUGGCAUUUCGGGGACCAUCGGUCCCGUGAAACCUUAGGAGCAGUGUCGACCGGAAAGUAGUGUAAAGUUCCCAUGAUUAUCACUAACUGUGCGUGCGUGGGUGCGUGUGAAUGUGCUAGUCACGCCAAGA